AUGAAUACCUCCUACAUACCCUGCCCUAUGGCUUUUAAUACCACUAAAUACUUUAUAAUCCCUGUGUUCUCCAUAGUGUUGACUGCUGGCCUGCCUCUGAACUUCUUAGCACUUCUUGCCUUGGUAUCCCAGAUAAAGAGUUCAAUUGUUCUCUCAGUCUAUAUCUUGAAUCUGGUGUUGGCCAGUCUCUUGCAGACCUUAACACUCCCUUUCUGGAUUGCAUACACGUACCAUGAUCACCACUGGAACACAGGGCAAGAAGCCUGUGUGGUGGUUGCCAUGAUCUUCCUUACAAAUUUCUAUGCCAAGAAUAGCUUCCUGUGUCUCAUUGCCAUGGAACGCUACAUUGGUCUGGUUCACCCUCUGAAGUUCCACAGGCUGCAUUCAAUGUGUGGUGCCUUCAUAGUUAGCAUUGCCACUUGGCUUCUGGUGGCUGCUAUGUGUGGUAUUGGCUUAUGGCUGCAGAUGAAAGGCUCAGGUACCUGGCAGGAACAUUGCCUGGAUGGGUCUCAAUUAGGCAAGGACCACGCACACUUCAAGAUGGCCACCCUGAGUCUCUCCUUCUUCAAACCUUGUAUUCUUAUGGGAUUCUUCUAUUCUAGAGUCCUGACUGUAGUCAGGAAAGUGGAAUCUCUCCAGCAGAGAGUGAAGAGGAAAGUAUGUGGUUUCAUCUUCUUCAUCAACAUCUCCUUCUUUCUGCUGUGCAUUCCUUUUCAAGCAACAUCCUGGUACAAAUAUUAUUGGGAACUGAUGCUGGAAGAGGAUAAGGUAUGUGACUUAGACAGGAGCACUUUCAUUUAUACAUAUACAACAUGGUGUUUGACCACCCUAGAUAACAUCCUGAAUCCCCUUCUUUACACGCUUCUCCUCAAAGAUGUUUGGGCAGAGAUCAAAGAUCAGCUCAGCUUCAGAGCUCGUGGGACAGGAAUUAUAUAUGAGUUGGAACCACAAGAUCUUCCUCCACAUUCCAUAACUGGGCAAACACAAGAACAACUUAUUGGUCUUUAA